AUGGAGGGAUUGAGUAAAUCAGUAGCUAAUUUCGUGGUUUACGUGCAUCCAUCGCAGAGCAAGAAUGUUGAUAAAGCAAUCCUCCGUGAACUCAGCUCCUUGCUCUUCAAGUAUUCUCAAGCUUUUGAUGGAGUUGUAUUGGCUUAUAGUGUUGACCCUCAAGAUAAAUGUGCGAGAAUUCUCUCUGGGAUUCACCCUUAUUUUGGUGUGAGACUUCAAGCAAACCUGCUAAUUUUCUCUCCGAAGCCAGACAUGCUUUUAGAAGGGAAAGUGGUGAAAAUUACACGGGAUUCUAUUCAUUGCAUCGUUCUUGGUUUUUCAUCUGCAAUUAUAACAGAUGAGAAUAUCCGCAACGAAUUAAAGUAUAAAACUAAACAUGGUGAAGGGGUAUAUGUUAGUAGAUAUCACAAGCGACAUGCGAUAAAGGUUGGAGCUGUGAUACGUUUUGCAGUCAAGAGUAUGGAUGAGGAAAUACUACACAUUUCAGGAUCCUUGAUUCCAGCUAAUACUGGAAGUGUCCAUUGGUUGGAUAAACAUCUUGUAGAUGCUGCAACCGAGAGUAAUAGGAAAGAGACAAAGACCGAGGAAGAUGUGGAAAUGCAAGGUGGAGAGACAUCGUCCUUGAACUGGAAUUUAGAUAACAGGACUUUUCAUCAUUUUACACUGGCUGCUAACGCUAUUACAUGGAAUAAACCCAAAGGUUUGGAUUGUGGUGACCGACCUUUACUUGCUGCUGGAUUGUCUUCAUCAGCCAAUCUGGACGAUACUCAAAAGGUGUACCUUUGCUGA